AUGGACGUUCCCAUCGCUGCCAAUAUCCUUGGCACAUUAGGUGCAGUGUGCUGGUCUAUACAACUGAUUCCUCAAAUCAUUGUCAACUACCGUCGCCAUAAUGCAACGGGUCUUCAGCCGUCUAUGAUGAUGCUCUGGGCGUGGGCUGGUGUCCCGCUUGGAGUCUACAACAUCGUCAAAGAGUACAACGUUGCUCUGCGAAUUCAGCCUCAGGUCUUGACGUUUCUGAGUCUCGUUACGUGGAUUCAAUGCUAUUACUAUGAACGGAAAUGGAGUGUUUAUCGCUCUUUACUCGUUGUCGUACCCAUCGCAGCUGUCAUGGGUGGUAUACAAGCCGGCCUAAUUAUCGCCCUCCGCGUUGCCAAAUCUCACGACUUGGAAUGGCCUCUAAUACUCAUGGCCUCUCUAUCAGCAGCAUUACUCGCAGCCGGUGUGCUAACUCACUACUGGGACAUCUGGACACACCGAACCGUACGCGGAAUCUCCUUCCUUUUCGUCGCCAUUGACGCAGCCGGCGAUGUAUUCUCACUAGCAUCCGUGUUCUUCCAGCCUGAGCUGGAUGUUCUUGGUAUCGUGAUAUACGCGACAGAGUUUGUUCUCUGGUGUGGUGUUUUUGCGUGUGGCGGGUACUACAACCUUUUGCCGUGGGCGAGGAAGAGGUUUGGGAAGGAGGCCGAGUGUGAGGCACAGGGGGAGGGGCGUGGGGAGGUUGUUAUGAUGAAUGAGAUUGAGAAUGUUUCGUCGAGUUCUGUGUUUCGGACGGUCAGUGGGAGUGAAGGAGUGAGGGCGAGGAAUACAGCGCGUGGUUCACAGGAUGUUGAGUGA